AUGCAAGCUUAUGGUUGUUAUGAUUUUAAUGCAACUGCCGACGAUGAACUUAGUUUUUCAAAAGGAGCUGUGCUUAAAAUACUCAAUACUGAUGACGAUUUGAAUUGGUGUAAAGCAGAAUUAAAAGGAAAAAAAGGAUAUGUACCAAGAAAUUAUAUAGAAAUAAAUCCACAUCCUUGGUUCUAUGGUGAAAUUUCUCGUGCUGAAGCUGAAAAAAUACUUCUUAAACAGAAUGGUAAUGCUCGUGGCAGCAGUCAACCUGAUGGUGCCUUUCUUGUGCGAAUGUGUGAAUCAUCUCCUGGGGAUUUUUCUCUGUCUGUCAAAUAUCAAGAUCACGUUCAACAUUUUAAAAUUUUACAUAAUGGUAGGGGUGAAUAUUCUUUAUGGGAUAUAAAAUUCGAUUCAAUCAAUGAAUUAAUUGAACAUCAUCGUACAACAACAGUUAGUCGUGAACGGUGCCUAUUACUGCGAGACAUGAUUUCAUCAACGCAUACAGAACAAACAUCAUACUAUAAUGAUAGAAGUCAACCACAAACUAAUCCGUGGAUGGCAUCUCAACAGCAACCACCAGUUUCACCUGUUAGUCCAUCGGAGAAUGGUGGAAUGUACGAAGCUGCUUAUGAUUUUCAACCGAAAGAGGAAGGUGAAAUUGAAUUGAAACGUGGUGAUCGUAUUCGAAUGUUGGACCAAAGUGAUAUUCAUUGGUGGAAAGGUGAAGUUCGUGGUAAUAUUGGCCUUUUCCCUUCUACAUACGUACGACCUUUAUAA